AUGGUAUGCACCUUUGAAAGGGAAAAGUUCAUGCUGGUUCUAUUUCUUUGUGUCUUUCUAACACUCUCGGGGCCUCAAGCUGCAGCUGAAGACAGUGAAGCAAAUGCUUUGUUGAAGUGGAAACACAGCUUUGACAACCACAGCCAAGCUCUCUUGUCAACAUGGAGAGGUAAUAAUCCCUGCACAUGGGAAGGAAUUCAGUGUGACAAUUCUAAGUCUGUAUCCAGCAUAAAUCUUCCAACUUAUGGACUUAAAGGUACACUUCACACUCUCAGCUUCUCCAUUUUCCCUAACCUUCUCAGCCUUAAUAUCUAUGAAAACUCCUUUCAUGGGACCAUUCCCCGACAAGUUGGUAAUAUAACCAGAGUGAAUGUUUUAAAUUUUUCUUCAAAUUCUUUCCAUGGUUCCAUCCCUCAAGAAAUGUGGACACUAGGGAGUUUACAUAAACUUGAUCUUUCCCUGUGUCAACUAAGCGGAGAGAUUCCUAAUUCCAUAGCAAACUUGUCCAACCUGUCAUUUCUAGAUUUAGGUGGCAACAAUUUUUCUUGCCGCAUUCCUCCAGGGAUUGGAAAGUUGCACAAGUUGGAGUAUCUAGGUAUUGAAGAUAGUAAGCUUUUUGGUUCUAUUCCUCAAGAAAUUGGAAUGUUGACAAACCUUGAACUUAUUGAUUUGUCAAGAAACUCUCUUUCUGGUACUAUCCCUGAAACGAUAGGUAACUUGAGCAAUUUAAAUCAACUUUACCUUUCUCGUAACUCCCUACUAUCUGGGCCAAUCCCAUCCUCCUUAUGGAACAUGUCUAACUUGGCCGUGCUCUUCCUUGAAAUCAAUAAUCUUUCUGGAUCAAUCCCUGCUUCCAUAGAAAACCUGGCCAAUUUAAAGCAACUUGGACUCGAUAACAAUAAACUUUCCGGACCCAUUCCUUCCACCAUUGGAAACUUGACAAAGCUCACCAUGUUGUAUUUAGGCUUUAAUAAUCUUUCUGGAUCAAUUCCUCCCUCUAUAGGUAAUUUGAUCAAUUUAGAUGCCCUUAGUCUCCAAGCAAACAAUCUCUCUGGAUCAAUUCCUGACGCAAUUGGAAAUUUGAAAAUGCUCACCAUUUUGGAAUUGUCCACCAACAAGCUUAAUGGCAGCAUUCCACAAGGCUUGACUGACAUUACCAACUGGUAUUCCUUGUUACUAGCUGAGAAUGAUUUCACGGGCCAUUUACCUCCUCAAAUUUGCUCUUCUGGAUCACUAGUGUUCUUUAAUGCUUUUGGCAACCGUUUCACGGGUCCAGUGCCAAGAAGCUUAAAGAAUUGCUCUACUAUUGCUAGACUCAGGAUGGAAGGAAACCAAUUGGAAGGAGAUAUAGCACAAGAUUUUGGUGUGUAUCCUAAUUUGAAGUACAUUGAUUUGAGUGACAAUAAAUUUCAGGGUCACAUUUCACCAAACUGGGGAAAGUGCCACAAACUUGGUACCUUCAAGAUAUCCAACAAUAAUAUUUCCGGUGGUAUACCAAUAGAGCUUGUUGAGGCAAUCAACCUCGGUGUGCUCCACCUUUCUUCUAACCACCUGGGUGGAAAGCUGCCAAAGGAAUUAGGGAAUAUGAAAUCGUUAUUUCAAGUCAAGAUUAGCAAUAAUCAUCUUUCCGGAAACAUUCCAACAGAAUUUGGAUUACUGCAAAAUCUUGAAGAUUUGGAUCUGGGAGAUAACGAAUUGACUGGCACAAUACCAGUAGAAGUUGUGAAAUUGCACAAGUUACGGAAUUUGAAUUUUAGCAAAAACAAAAUUUACGGAAGCAUUCCCUCUCAGUUCAGUCAAUCCUUAGUAUCUCUUGAUCUCAGUGCCAAUUUGUUGAGUGGAACAAUACCAACAAAUCUUGGAGAGUUGCAAAGCUUGUUCAUGUUGAAUCUCUCACAUAAUAGUCUUUCUGGCACCAUUCCUUCAACUUUUAACAGAAUGUUGAGUAUUUUCAACCUAUCAGACAACCAAUUAGAAGGGCCAAUUCCAAAUAUUCCACUUUUUCUUGAUGCUCCCAUUGAAUCACUGAAAAAUAAUAAAGGCUUGUGUGGUAACGUCACGGGUUUGGUUCUUUGUCCAAUCAACCAAAAUCGAAAGAGAAACAAAGUCAUCCUACUUAGUUUAGGAGCUUUAGUACUAGUGUUGUGUGGGUUGGCACUUUCAAUGUAUACUUUUUGUCGUGGUAAAAGAAAGGCAAAAAGUCAUUCUAAUUCUGAAGAAGCACCAAGAGAAGUACUCUUUUCCAUAUGGAGCUAUGAUGGGAAAAUCAUGUUUGACAGUAUCAUUGAAGCUACAGAGAAUUUUGAUGACAAAUAUCUUAUUGGAGCAGGAAGUCAAGGAUAUGUUUACAAGGUGGUGUUGCCGUCAGGUUUGGUUAUUGCUGUGAAGAAACUUCAUUCGGUGAUAGAUGAGAAAAUGUCAGAUUUUAGUUUGAAGGCUUUUACAAGUGAGAUUCAAGCCUUGACAGAAAUCAAACAUCGGAAUAUUAUAAAGUUGCGUGGAUUUUGCUCACAUUCUCAGGUCUCAUUUUUGGUUUAUCAGUUCAUGGAAGGGGGUAGCCUGGAUCAAUUGCUGAACAGAGAUACACAAGCAACUGCAUUUGAUUGGGAAAAGAGGGUGAAUGUUGUUAAAGGUGUGGCCAAUGCUUUAUCCUAUUUGCACCAUGAUUGCUCACCUCCUAUUGUUCAUCGGGACAUAUCAAGUAAAAAUGUUCUCUUGGAUCUUGGGUAUGAAGCUCAUAUCUCUGACUUUGGGACUGCUAAGUUUUUGAAGCCAAGCUCAGAUAGAUGGACACAAUUCGCAGGCACCUUUGGGUAUGCUGCUCCAGAGUUGGCCCAGACAAUGGAAGUAAAUGAGAAAUGUGAUGUUUAUAGCUUUGGAAUACUUGCUUUGGAAAUCAUUAUGGGAAAACAUCCAAGAGAUCUCAUUUCUCAACUUAUGUCACAAUCUAUGACACCAAUUGUUAAUGACUUGCUAUUGGCUGAUGUUUUAGAUCAACGGCCUCCUCAACCUAGAAAACCAAUUGAUGGAGAGGUGAUCUUAAUCGUAAGGUUAGCACUUGCUUGCUUGAAUGAAAAUCCACGUUCUCGCCCAACCAUGGAUCGAGUAUCCAAGGCAUUGGGAACAGGAAAAUCACCUUUGGCUCACCAAUUUCCAAUGACCAGACUGGGACAACUCCGCUGA